AUGACAGUGGUAGAACCAAGAAAUCCAGAAAACAAUCCAUUAAGAAUAAUAGACAGAUGUCGUAAAGAAGGAAGACCUGUAUUCAUUGCUGGUCCUAUGGUGCGAUACUCAAAAUUACCAUUCAGGGCUUUAGUUCGUGAAUAUGAAGUUGAUUUAGUUUAUUCUCCAAUGAUUUUAGCUAGAGAAUUUGUUCGUAAUGGUAUUGCACGUUUAAGUGAUUUCACAACAAAUAACUUUGAUACACCACUAAUAGUACAAGUUGGUACUAAUAACGUUACUGAUUUAUUAAGAUUUGUGGAAAUGAUUCAUCCAUAUGUUGAUGCUAUAGGUAUAAAUUGUGGUUGUCCAAUUAAAGAACAAGUUAGAGAAGGUAUUGGUGCUGCUCUAAUGAGUGAACCAGAUUUAGUGGCAAGUAUGGUUAGUGCUGUUAAGGAGAAAUACGGUGAUAAAGUUACAAUAGAGACCAAAAUCAGAAUCCAUCCAAAUCUCGAUGAAACUGUUGCGUUUGUUAAAAAAGUUGAACAAGCGGGUGUUGAUUUCAUAACUGUUCAUGGUCGUACUAAAUCAACCAGAUCUUCACAGCCUGCAAAUUUCGAUGCUAUCAAACUAAUGAAGGAAUCAGUUUCAGUGCCUGUCAUUGCAAACGGUGAUUGUUUUUCAUUAGAUGAUGCUCAUAAAAUUGUCAAAUUAACAAAUGUUGAUGGUGUUAUGGCUGUUAGAGGUAUCUUAGCCAAUCCUGCGAUGUUUGCCGGUUUCGAAAAGGCUCCAUGGGGAUGCGUUGAGAAAUUUUGGGAAUAUGCUACAAGUUAUGGAUUACCAUAUAGAUUGACUCAACAUCAUUUAUCAUGUAUGCUUGAUGGACAAAUCUCAAAAGAAUUGUAUAAGCAGUUUAUGGAUAUCAAAAGAUUGGGUGAACUUAUUGAUUUCUUUGAUACAAAUUUUAUUUUGAAAAGAUCUGGAGAGGAAGGCUUUGGUGAAGCUAUUGAGAUUCCAUACAGAACUCAAAGAUCAUCACAUAUUUGA